CACACACACACACAAAACUCUGAAGUGUUUCGCUUAAAUGUCAGUCUGAUCAGCUUUUCACUGAACUCUUUAAGCACAGCCUGGAGAUGAAUCACGCACGAGUGUCUCUGCUUCCUGGGAUUCUUCUUCUUCUAGUCGGUCUAGGUUCAGGUCCAGGUCAGUGCUCUUAUGAUGAGACGAGACUGAUAAAGAAUCUGUUUAAAGGCUAUAACAAGGUGGUCCGGCCUGUGAACCAUUUCAACGACGCCGUGGUCGUGACUGUCGGGCUGCAGCUCAUCCAGCUCAUCAGUGUGGAUGAAGUUAAUCAGAUCGUCACCAGUAACGUGCGUGUCAAGCAGCAAUGGAAGGAUGUGAACCUGAAGUGGAACCCAGACGACUACGGAGGAAUCAAGAAGAUUCGAAUUCCCUCCACUGACAUCUGGAAACCAGAUUUAGUGCUUUAUAACAAUGCUGAUGGAGACUUCGCCAUUGUGCACCAGACAAAGGUCUUGCUGGAACACACCGGGUUGAUCACGUGGAAUCCUCCAGCCAUCUUUAAGAGCUACUGUGAGAUUGUGGUCGUUUACUUCCCUUUUGAUCUGCAGAACUGCAGCAUGAAGCUCGGCAUAUGGACCUACGAUGGAAACCUGGUUGUCAUCAACCCGGACAGCGACCGUCCAGACCUCAGUAACUUCAUGGAGAGCGGUGAGUGGGUGAUGAAGGACUACGGGAGCUGGAAACACUGGGUGUAUUAUGCAUGUUGCCCAAACACACCGUAUCUGGACAUCACCUAUCACUUCCUGAUGCUGAGACUGCCGCUGUACUUCAUCGUGAACGUCAUUAUCCCCUGCAUGCUCUUCUCCUUCCUCGCCGGCCUCGUCUUCUACCUGCCCACUGACUCCGGUGAGAAGAUGACCCUCAGUAUCUCCGUCCUGCUGUCUCUCACUGUGUUCCUCCUGGUGAUCGUCGAGCUGAUCCCGUCCACCUCCAGUGCCGUCCCGCUCAUCGGCAAAUACAUGCUCUUCACCAUGAUCCUCGUCAUCGCCUCCAUCAUCAUCACCAUCAUUGUCAUCAACACGCACCACCGCUCUCCCAGCACACAUACCAUGUCUCCCUGGGUCCGCAAGAUCUUCAUCGAUACCAUUCCGCACUUCAUGUUCUUCUCCUCCAUGAAGCGGCCGUCUGAGGAGCGGAAAGACAGACGCCCUUUUCCUGCCGACUUUGACAUCUCGGACAUUUCUGGGAAACCUGUGCCCUCUUCCGUCACGUUCCAGUCACCCAUCAUCAAACACCCGGAGGUGCAGAGCGCCAUUGAUGGUGUCAAAUACAUCGCUGAAACCAUGAGAGGUGACGAAGAGUCCAACAACGCUGCUGAGGAGUGGAAGUUCGUGGCAAUGGUGCUGGAUCACAUCUUGCUCUGCGUGUUCAUGGCCGUGUGUAUCAUUGGCACGGUGGGAGUCUUCGCCGGACGCCUCAUAGAGCUCAACAUGCUGUAAGCGGAAAAUUGCCCGGAGGCCUGAAGUGAAGCCAGGGGCUUGAGUUUAGCACCAGCCGCCAUCACACAGCUUUCAGCUGGGCUGCGCUAGCAACAAGGUCUGCUUGGAGUGGAUGGUAAAAGUGCACAGAGCCUAGUUUACUACUGAAAGCUCAGAAGCACACAUAAUCUUGUCUGAUCUUGUCACUCUAAUUUUCUUCAAUUUCCUCCUUACACUUGUCAUCUUGUCGAUCGCAAACUAGCCGUACAGCUGCACUGCAUUCUGGAACUUUCAGUCCAAUGUCUCCAAUGGAUUUCUCAUUAAUAUGAUGUUGAACUUCACUGGAAAAUGAUGAGCGAGAAAAGAAGCUCUUGCUUAAUUGAGUUCAUUGAAUUUCCCCUACUAUUAAACCCCCUGUGAUGUCAGCGCGGUAACACAACCUGAUUACUAAACACAUCAGAUAUUUCAACAUGAAGGUGUUUCAGGGUGAAAUUUCCCUUUAACUCCACAGUUUCUUUCUUUUCUUCAUGAUUUAUUCUCAUGAUUCAGCUUUAUCUAUCUGCGGUUCUUGGUAUUGGUAUGACCACGGAAAUGCCAUGUGUUCAGUCUGUGCUGAGAAAUGAAGACGUGUGACGUUACCUAAAGCACACGAAUGUGUUUUGUGUUGAUAUACUGUGUGAACAGGUUACAUAAGAGAUCUUAGUUUUUUAAAUUUCUGGUUCCGUAAAAUAAAUGCCUUAAUAUUUUAAAAUUCAGAUAGGAAAAACUUAUUUCUUUUUGCACAAGAGUUAAUGAGAAUGAGAGCAGCGGUUCAAUUACUGUUAAUUACAUUUUAGGAUUUUGACCAGUGUUGAUUUGAAAUGCCAGUUUGCAUGUAUUUUUUAUAUAUAUAUAUAUAUAUAUAUA